CAUGAUUAUAAAGAUAUGAUUUGAGUAUAUUGUACUAGUAAGUCAUCUCAUUCCUGUAACUAAUGUUAUCUGGCGACUGAAUGUUGUUCUGACGUUUGUCUUACCAGGAAUCACAAUUCAAAAGUUCAAUUCUACAUUUUGAUGUCAAGCUGGAUACAGUGCAUAAUAUAUUACCCUAAAGUCAUUCUCUCAAUCCCAUUCCACUCAGACUCUGCUGAUGCAUGUUUAAAGAACAACAAUUCUACUAAUCUUGCUACACAGACAACCCUUUGAUAAUGUAGUUCGCUACAUCCAGCACUACAGCCGAUGGUAUGUUUUCCUGAUAGCUUCAUACCAAAACGAUCAUCAAACAAAUGAAAUAUGGCUUCCUUGAAAGACUCUAAGAGAACAACAGAUGAACGGAUAAACAGGCCAGGCACCCACUCUCAAGAUUUCUACCAACUUCAAAAUAUAGUGCUACUAGAAGACGACGGAGCUUCUUCAACUAAAAUACCACAAAGAUUAGCACCCGGAAAGACCAUGGUGCACAUGUCAACAUUUAAAGACUACCAUGACCAGAUUGGUAACAAGAAUGUGAUACUAGAAGCUUGUAGACAUGGUUCAGUUGCCAAAGUUAGACAUUUAAUAGAUCAGGGUACAGAUGUCAACAGUAAGGACGUACAUGGUAGAACAUGUAUCUUACUUUGUAGUACAUCACCCAUUGAACCCAUUGAAAAAAUAGACUUUUUACGGUCAAAUGGAGGUAAUAUUCAAGAUAUCGAUGAUGAAAACAAUGGUAUAUUACAUUUGGCUUGUGAUUUAGGGACGCUAGAAACAGUUGAGUAUCUUGUAAAUAUAGGGUUAGAUAUCAACACUAAAGGUUAUAAAAGUAGAUCUUGUAUAAUGGCGUGUAGUCAGUCUAAAAUACAAGCUACUGAUAAAAUAGAAUUGUUAAGACAGAUGGGUGGCAAUAUUCUUGAUACAGAUGUAAACAAUGAUAAUUUGUUACACUUAGCAUGUCAUAGUGGUUCACUAGAUACAGUAAGAUAUCUAAUUAAUCAAGGCCUGGAUAUCAAUACUAAAGGGAGAUACGGAAGGACAUGUAUAUUGUUAUGUAGUCAAUCUGAAACACAGGCCAUUGAGAAAAUAGAACUAUUGAUAUCAAAGGGAGGUAAUAUAUAUGAUACUGAUGAUGAUAACCAUGAUAUGCUUCACUUGGCUUGUAUGUUGGGUACACUAGAGACUGUCAGAUAUAUGAUAGACCUUGGUUUAGAUGUAAACGCCAAAUGUAAGAACUUUAGAACACCCAUAUUACAUUGCGGUACGUCAGUAAUACAACCCAUUGAGAAAAUAAAAAUAGUACGUUUUAAGGGUGGUAAUAUUUAUGAAAUUGACGGUAAAAAAUAUGGUAUAUUACUCAUAGCUUGUGCUAGUGGUACAUUAGAUACUGUAAGAUAUCUGAUAGAUCUAGGGUUGGAUAUUAACACUAAAGGUUUCAAUUUUAGAAGGUGUAUAAUACUGUGUAUUCAAUCUGAAAUACAAGCCACCGAGAAAUUAAAUUUAUUUAUGUUAAAAUGGGCUAAUAUAUAUAACACUAAAUUUCACUAUGAUGGUAUAUUACACGUGGCUUGUACUGAUGGUACAUUAGAUACAGUUAGACAUCUGAUAGAUCUAGGGUUGGAUAUAAACACUAAAGCUUUAAAAGGUAGAACAUGUAUCUUACAGUGUAGUACUUCUAAAACCCAACCUAUUGAGAAAAUAGAAUUAUUAAGGUCAAAGGGAGGUAAUAUUAAUGAUCGAGAUACUGAUAACAAUGGUAUGUUACACCUGGCUUGUAUUUCGGGUACAUUAGAUACUGUAAAACAUCUGAUGGAUCUAGGGUUGCGCAUCAACAACAGAGGCGAGUAUGGUAGAACUUGUAUCUUGACCUGUUCCCAAUCUACAACCCAAGCUAGCGAGAAAAUAGAGUUAUUAAGGUUAAAUGGGGGUAAUAUCAAUGACACUGAUGAUGAUAACCAUGGUAUAUUACACCUUGCUUGUGGCGUUGGUACAUUAGGUACUGUUAAAUAUCUGAUAGAUCUUGGGUUGGAUAUCAAUACUAAAGGGAGGUUCGGCAGUACGUGCAUCUUGUAUUGCUGUGAAUCGGAAACACAAGCCAUUGAAAAAAUAGACUUUUUAAGGUCAAAGGGGGGUAAUAUUCAUGACCGGGAUGAUAGUAGCAGUGGUAUAUUACACCUUGCUUGUGUAAACGGCACGUUAGACAUCGUUCAAUACCUAGUUAAUCUAGGACUAGAUAUAAACAGUAAAGAUGGAUCAGGAAACACGCCUGUUUCAUUCAGUUUUAUGUCUGGUGUACAAUCUCGUCAAAAACUCUUUUUUUUAAUGUCCUUAGAUGCCGAACUUUCAUGGCUCGAGUGGUUAAAAUUCGAAUUUCUUACAGUAUUUUAACAGCUUAAUCCAUACUUUAUAGCCUGAAUUAGGCAUGAAUUAAACAUUACAGAUAAAAAAAAAUACAAUUUUAAUAUUCGCCAAUCUUUCAUUAUUUUAACGGAUCAAAUGAUAUCAAACCAAAGCUAUAAACACCUGAGUAUGGAUUUAUUACAUACAGUGUCUGUAUGAAUGAGGUAAAAUACAUUCAUACUUUACAGUAAAAUAUACAGUUUCUGUAUGAAUGAGAUAAUGCCAUUUAUUGUAGUACUUACUAUUCGAUCUUCACGUUGCCUUCACUUCCGUGACUAAAAUUAUAACUACAGUUCAGCGUCAGGGUUUUGUUCUGUUCUGUUUUUUUAUUCAUAUAAAAAACGUUAAUCAUUAGUCACAAAUGAAUCUAUAAACAAUUAUUAGUCAAUGCCAUAAUAUUAUUACACCAUACUUUACAGUGAAAUAUGCUGAAAUGCACCAACAGAAUAAGCGAUUUAAGCAUUUCCCCCAUUUUACGGCAGUCGGCUUUUGUUAAUUCCAAAGAAAAAUUUUGUCGAUCAUAUUUUUUUAUUUUAUACUGUAAUACAACUAAAGAUACAUCAUAUAAGAGCUAACUCUGCCUGGUGCAGGUCUUUCUGUUGCCUCAGAUUUUAUAUAAAUUAUUAAUUAGAAAUUUAUUUACAUGACAAGUAUAUAAUCAUAUCGUCUGCUACUAUCUUACGAGUUCAACAGUAAGGACGUCGUCUUGUGCUGGCUUCCCAGUCACGUUGAUAUAAGGGGAAUGAUCAAGCAGAUUUUGCUGCCAAAGCUGCUUUAGAUCUCCCCCAAUCACCCUUUUUAAUACCAUAUAAAGAUUUUAAAUCAUGUAUAAAUCAUUUUAUUUAUGACCGCUGGCAACGGUCUUGGGAUCUUGCAGGCACAAAUAAACUUCAUCAUAUCAAGCCUCUCUAAGGAGACUGGCCAAGCUCCUAUAGAACUAACAGGAGGGAUGAAGUUGUUUUGUGUCGCUCUCGCAUUGGUCAUACUUUUUUAACUCACAUUUUCAUCUUGAAGCGAGAGCCUCAACCAGAAUGUGAACACUGUCAUGUUUCUUUGACGGUGAAGCACAUUUUGAUUGAGUGCAAGUAUCUUGGAAAUAUUAGAUCAAAAUAUUACCGUUGUCAGACAUUACAACAUUUAUUUGCUCAACCGUAGCUAUAUUGUAAGAUCCUAAAUUUUUUAAAAGAGACAAAAUUUUAUUUUAAGUUUUAAUUGUAUAUAUGUAACCCGUCUUCUUUCAUUUUAAUUGUUUAUAUUCAUAAAGUAUUUGAUAUUGGAUUGUUUUGAUUGAAACACGAUCGCUAUUUAAUAAUUUCAUUACAAAAUGGAUAAUUGGGAGAUUUUUUCUGAUCAUGGUCAUAAUUUCGCUCAGAAUGAAGUAAUUUGAUUGAAAUGUUCACUAUAUUCUAUUUUCAUUAUCUAUUUUUGAACUAUUAUUAUAAGAACGGGAAUCAUUUUAUCUAAAUCAUACAUAAUGCAUCUUUUAUAUCUUAUUUGCUGAUGUUUUACUAGACCGGUGGAAUGAAAGGUAUGUUUUACUAGACCGGUGGAAUGGGAUGUAUGUUUGACUAGACCGGUGGAAUGAUAUGUAUGUUUUACUAGACCGGUGGAAUGGGAUGGUUGUUUUACUAGACCGGUGGAAUGAUAUGUAUGUUUUACUAGACCGGUGAAAUGUUUUACUAGACCGGUGGAAUGGGAGGUAUGUUUUACUAGACCUGUGGAAUGAGAGGAAUGUUUUACUAGACCGGUGGAAUGAGGGGUAUGUUUUACUAGACCGGUGGAAUGAAAGGUAUGUUUUACUAGACCGGUGGAAUGAGGGGUAUGUUUUACUGACCGGUGGAAUGAGGGGUAUGUUUUACUAGUCCGGUGGAAUGAAAGGUAUGUUUUACUAGACCUGUGGAAUGAGAGGAAUGUUUUACUAGACCGGUGGAAUGAGGGGUAUGUUUUACUAGACCUGUGGAAUGAGGGGUAUGUUUUACUAGACCGGUGGAAUGAGAGGUAUGUUUUACUAGACCGGUGGAAUGGGAUGUAUGUUUUACUAGACCGGUGGAAUGAGGGGUAUGUUUUACUAGACCGGUGGAAUGAGGGGUAUGUUUUACUAGACCGGUGGAAUGGGAUGUAUGUUUUACAAGACCAAAAGAUCCCUUGGCAGUUGGAAUUCGAUAUAAGAGUAGGCGAUAGUGCCGCUGCCCGGGCAAAAUUUCCCUCAUAGCACACUGUAUGGCGUAUGCCCGUCUUCAUUAGCCCAGGUUAGGAGCAGAACAGUAGGACGUUAAACCCCAUUUCAUUUCAUUUUUACUAGACCGGUGGAAUGGGAUGUAUGUUUUACUAGACCGGUGGAAUGGGAUGUAUGUUUUACUAGAUCGGUGGAAUGGGAUGUAUGUUUUACUAGACCGGUGGAAUGGGAUGUAUGUUUUACUAGACCGGUGAAAUGGGAUGUAUGUUUUACUAGGCCUGUGAAAUGGGAUGUAUGGUUUACUAGACCGGUGAAAUGGGAUGUAUGUUUUACUAGACCGGUGAAAUGAGAGGUAUGUUUUACUAAACCGGUGAAAUCUUUUACUAGACCGGUGAAAUGAGAGGUAUGUUUUACUGACCGGUGGAAUGAAAGGUAUGUUUACUAGACCGGUGGAAUGAUAUGUAUGUUUUACUAGACCGGUGGAAUGAUAUGUAUGUUUUACUAGACCGGUGAAAUGUUUUACUAGACCGGUGGAAAGAGAGGUAUGUUUUACUAAACCGGUGGAAUAGGAUGUAUGUUUUACUAGACCGGCGGAAUGAGAGAUCUGUUUUUGUCGGGUUUAUACUGUAAUAAAACAAAUGUUAUUAAUCUU